AUUCACUUUCCUCCUGACUUUAUAAAUUACAAUCCCCCUUCCGCUCUCCUCCGUCCAAACCUCUCCACCCCCACCGCCCGCCGGAGCAAUUUCAAGAUCACAUGACGACCAGCAGCAACAGCAGUGUCACCAGUCAUAACGGCGGGGGCGCCGGUCAGCAGUUCGGCGACACCACGCUGACCAAAGUCUUCGUUGGAGGACUCGCAUGGGAGACUCCGAAGGACGCGAUGCGCGACCACUUCGACAAGUACGGCGAGAUCCUCGAGGCCGUCAUCAUCUCCGACAAGCUCACCGGCAGAUCCAAGGGCUACGGCUUCGUGACUUUCAAGGAAGCUGAAGCUGCGAAGAAGGCCUGCGAGGACGCGACUCCCAUCAUCAACGGCCGCCGCGCCAACUGCAACCUCGCCUCCCUCGGUGCUCGCCGCCAGCCGAGGUCCGCUGGCGGUCCGCCGCCAGCCUCCACCACUCCGCCCCUUCUGCCGCCGAUUCCGCAUCAUCAUCAGCCGCUGCCACAUCAUCCCCACCACCACCACCAUCAUAAUCAACAGGGAUCCAACGUUGGGGUGAGGUCCACGUCAGCCAAUCAUCAUCAAGUCCAGUGGUACUAUCCAGCUGCGGCAUCCGCGACAACUUUCUCUCACCACAACCAUCACGCCGUCCCUUUCUACGGGUACGGGUACGCUCCGACCUACAUUGCAACCGACAUGGGCUACAAUCAGAAAUUGAGCUACGGCGGCGGCGCGUACAUGAGCGGCGGCGGUGGGCAGUACGGUCACCCUCAGGUGUACCCGGGAACCGGGCAGGCAGCGGCGGUGAUGCCAUACUACCCGGUGUACCAGUACUACGGAGGACACCACCAAUCGGCGGCGAUGGGGCUGCCAAUGUACUCGGCGGCGGCGACAUUGGCUGCGGGGCCCAUUCCGACCAUCAUCUCGAAACAGCCGUCCAUGGUGGCCGCUCCUCCUACCUCCGGUAAUUGAUUAUUAUAUUGUUUAUUUAUGUAUACAACUAUAAUUAGAGUUGUUGUUAAUUAAACCUGCAGUUAAGCAGUUAAUCACAUGCAUGAUCCCUCUCCUGGCUCUCUGAUCUCCGUGAUUAAGAAUCCUCCGUUCUCAUCCGUAUGGUACUUACUUGGUUGAUCAAUCACAUGGGAACAUGCAAUUCCAACCAACCAACAGAGCUCUUUUCCCCUCUGGUUUUGUUUGUCUGGUUUUAGGGUUUUUUUUCUUUAUCCGUUUCAAAAAAUAUAUUUUAUUUUAUUUUGGUCCAACCUCGGUCAAGAAAGAAUCAUCGUGUCACGUGCCCUCCCUGGUUGUUAUUGAGGCUGGGUUGUAAUCGUGGGCUCCACUCUCUUUCACCCCAGCUGGCCAAUUAGUGGAGAGAUGGCCCGGCCCACAUGGGCCUCCCCAAUUGGGCAGAUGGUCAGAUGCUUUGACCCAGUUCUUUCUUUUACUCGCCCCACUUUUUCCUUCAAACCACCCACCCAGUUAGGUCAUUAAUCAAUUGAUUAAACACGGUUUACGGAUUUGUCGGUUAUUCGCUAAUUGUUUACUUGUUACUGUUUGGAAAGGGUAAAAGAUUUAAGGUGGUUUGGUAAAAGUAUUAUUAGUUAAUAAUGUGGGCCGAUUGAGGGAUUAAUUAAACUGAUAUUACAAAGGACAGUUUGCUUGGCUGUGGAAUAGGUGGUGGGACGGUUGGAGCAGUUGCCAGCUUUAAGAAGGUUGGUUGUUGAAGCCAGUCCAGGCCGGUCCUCAACACUGUUUUUAACAACGCAAAAGGCAAUCCAAUCAGAGAAAAAGGGGAAAAAGAAGAAAGCAAAUAACCAAAUUAUUUCCGGAGGAAGGAAAAGGUGGAUCUCGUCAAGCUGCUUGCUGCUGGGCUGGUUGUUGGGCUCAUGGGCUUGCUGCUGCUGCAGAAUCAACAUUAUUUAUCUGGAUCUGUCGCGGCCCAUUCCAUCUUUUAUUUUUUUUUUCCCUUCUCAUUUUUAUUAACUCUAUAAUUAAUCAAAAAAACAAAACCAAGAUGUUGCUUUCUUUUCGUUGCUCUAUUAUCAUUACUACUGUCAUUAAGUUAAGUGUAAGACCCUAUUAUUUAAUUAAUUUUAAUUUUAACCAGUGGUAGAAGAUGUCAGUCCAAAUCACAUGGGGCAUCGUGCUAUGGUUUGAUGCCUGCAUGUUCCUCAUUUCCCUAGCUCCCUCCUUCGUUCCAUGCCAUGUCUUGCCAGACAGAAAACAAAGGCCUUUGACAUAUUUUUCUACACAUGGAAUGGAAUAUUGUACGGUACAAC